CGUCGUCGACCGACCUACCGCCUCCGUUUUCUUCCACGAGAAGCAAACGAAACCAAAGCCUCCAAACCGCAUAACCCUAACCUUCUUCUAUCCCCAGACGCCCAAAUCCGAUUCCCUUCCGAGAUUGAUCAUGGCCACCGUCUACCGGUGCGCGGGGUGCGGAGCGGACCUGAACCUGAGCGCGGCGCACCUGUAUCCGGCGGAUGCCUACUUCGAGGCCGGAAAUAAGGGCACCCUCUCCUUCUCCUGGAUCGACGACGCCAGGUUCCGCUUCGCCAAGGAAGACCGGAUCAUGCCCUUCUUCGAGACGGUCAACUACUGGGGUAUCCAGCGACGGCGCACCCGCAUCCUCUGCGACGCCUGCGGUCGCCUCCUUGGCCACAUCUACGACGAUGGCCCCCCCAUGAUGCGCGGCCACGGCCAGUUCGGCUUCGGCCCCAGCCAGGCCAUUCCCCGCGCCCCCAGGUACCGCUUCAAGAUCAAGGCCCUCAACAUCUCCUGAUCCUGAUCCGUGAUGCAUGAUCACGGUGAUAGAUGAACGCUUUGUAUUUUGUUUUUUUGGUAUCACUAGCUCUGAUCUGAAUUCUGGAGUAGACUUUUGAUAGAAGACGGUUGACGUAUUCUUGCAUCUUUCUCCCUUUUGUAAAGGUAUCAGAUGGACUGUUGUUGACAGAUCCACUGAAUAAUGUUAUUGCGAAAGCAUUGUUGAUCGAAAUAGACUUGUGUUGUGCCUUCGAGAA